AUGUCUCCAGGCUCCACUGGUGGUUUUUUGGUCCUGCUGGACUGUUUGAGACUCAGCGUCCUCGGGCUCCAUCUGGUGGUUGUUUGGUGGAGGAACCUGGUCUGCGCCACUUUCACACGUCUGCAAGAGAUUGUUGUCAUUACUGCCCCAAAGUCAGGUACGACAUGGACGCAGGAGAUUGUCCCUCUCAUCGUGAGCGGAGGAGAUCCGGCCUCUGUUGAGAUUCUCCCUUCCUGGGAGCGUGUUCCCUGGCUGGAGGAGACUCAGGCCUCCGCCCUCAACCUCAACCUCAACCUCAACAUGAUGCCCCCGUCCUUCUUUGAAGUCAAUCCGAGGGUCAUCAACGUGAUGAGGAACCCCAAAGAUGUGUUCACAUCUGCCUUUUAUUAUUAUGGGAUGGCCGCCCACAUGGUAAACCCGGGCCAGCAGAGCGAGUUCCUCCACACGUUCCUUGAAGGAAAAGUUGUGUAUGGCUCGUGGUUUGAUCAUGUGAAGAGCUGGCUGAAUGCUGAGGACCAAGGAAACGUGAUGCACAUCUCCUAUGAAGAGAUGAUAUUGGACCUGAAGAUAACGGACCGAUGUCUGUUCAAGAACAUGAAGCGGAACAAAAUGUCAAACUACUUAACAUUUCUGGACAAAAUCAUGGACCAGACAAAGUCUGAAUUUCUCAGGAAAUGAAUUGCUGGAGACUGGAAAAACCUGCUAACCCCGGCAGAGGCAGAGUACUUUGAUACCGUUUACAAAGACAAACUGAAAGAUGUGAAAUAUACAUUUGUAUGGAAAUACAAUUAA